AUGGCUGGAGGAGAUGUUCCCGCGAACGGCACCCCGGUCUCAUCCGGAGGACCCGGGGCUGGCGGCAGCUCGGACCCGGCGGACGGCGUCAGCAAGCUGUCGCUCGCCACGCGCACCGUUCACGCCGACGACGGCAUCAGUGCCCACCGCGCCAUCGCACCGGCCUUGCACGUGUCCACGACGUUCAGGUACAACCGCGAUCCGGACGAGCUGCGGUCAGGGGACAAUGUCGACCCUACAGCCCCGGGCGAUUCGCACAUUUACUCGCGCUACUCGACGCCUAACACGACCCGCUUCGAGGCCAUCCUCACCUCAGUCCUCGGCGGGCCCUCGCUGACCUACUCUUCGGGCCUGUCGGCCUUCCACGCCAUGCUGGUCUACCUGAACCCGAAGCGCAUCGCCAUCAGCGGCGGGUACCACGGCUGCCACGGCGUCAUCAAGAUCCUGACCAAGCUCAACGGGCUGCAGCAGCUCGAGCUCGACGAGGCGUCGCUCGAGCAGCUCGAGGCGGGCGACGUCGUGCACGUCGAGACGCCGCUGAACCCGACGGGCGAGGCGCGCGACCUGGCCUACUUCAAAAGGAUCGCCGAGCGUAAGGGCGCCUACCUCACGGUCGACGCGACGUUUGCGCCGCCGCCGCUGCAGGACCCGUUCCGGCUCGGCGCCGACGUCGUGAUGCACUCCGGGACCAAGUACUUUGGCGGGCAUUCGGACAUGCUCUGCGGCGUACUGGCCGUCCACCCGAAGCACGCGGACCAGUGGAUGCCGAACCUGGUUCUGGAGCGCUGCUUCAUCGGCGGCGUCAUGGGCAGCAUGGAGGGCUGGCUGGGCGUGCGGUCGAUGCGGACGCUGGAGCUGCGCGUGGGCCGCCAGUCGCAGUCCGCGACGGAGCUCGUCCGCUGGCUCGACGCAGAGAUCCGCCGGGACCCGUCGGGCGUCGUCGGCGGCGUCGUCGACCGGGUCUUGCACGCGAGCCUGCAGAAGGAGGACCUGGCGGGCGGCGAGGGCUGGCUCGCGAAGCAGAUGCCCGGCGGCUUCGGCCCCGUCUUCGCCAUCUUGCUGAAGGACGCCGAGGACGCCAAGAGGCUGCCGAGCAAGAUGGGGCUGUUCCACCACGCGACCUCGCUGGGCGGCGUCGAGAGCCUGAUCGAGUGGCGUGCCAUGAGCGACAGCGGGUGCGACAAGAGGCUGCUGAGGGUUAGCGUCGGUGUCGAGGGGUGGGAGGACCUGAGGGACGACCUGGUGCAGGGUUUCAAGCAGUUGAUCGAGGAGAAGAAGAAGAAGAGGGCCUGA